AUGUCCCUCACGUGUGAUAUUAUUAUAUGUAUUUGUAUGCACAUAUUCUUUUUUAUGUCUGUUAAUAAAUGCAGUAGAAAUAAAGUAUGGCAUAUGUCGAUCAGGCUAUCAGUAUUAGGCGAAUGGACGUCUGAUAGCUCAAUACAGAAGUGCGAAAUAUGUGAGGUCAAAUUUAAUUUUGGGCGCAGGCGUCAUCAUUGUCGGUACUGUGGCGGUAUUUUCUGCGUGUCAUGCUCGAGCUUUUUUGUUAAAUUACAAAAGCUUCAUGUAAAUAAACGACGACGGGUGUGCCGCAAAUGUUUUGAAUUUCUUUCAAAGACACCGCAAGCUACAAAUCCGUCCUGUGCUAGUGCUCAGAGCCACCAUAAAGAGUUGAACAGUGUGAAUGCUUGUAAUUGCGAGUCCGAUCGUUUGACUACUGAAUCCGCCCAGGCAACAACUGUUGUCUCUUGGACGCCACGAAGAGAAGAAGAUCGAAAUACCGCAGGUACAUUUCCCGACGAGGAGAAUGCUGACGAUACUGAUUUGGAUGAUGACGACGACGAUGUUUCUGCUGCUGUUGCAGGUGUAUAUACUCCUCUAUGGAUGAUGGCCAACACACCGGUAGCCUCGCCUUUCUUGCUGCACUGCAAGACAACCUUCGGUAUUCAGAGGGCUCUGACGUAA